CUCGGCUCCAGGCUUCCCUCGCCCCUUCUCCGCCCCUCCCCCGCGCUGUCAUUCACCCCGCUCCUCUCCGCGCACAGCCAAUGGAGAGACCCGGCCGAAACGGCUAGGCUAGCUCGCACCGGGCUUUUUCGCCUGGUGAUUGAUGUCCCAGAGUCAACAGCGAGCGAGGAGCCGAAGAGGGGAAGGAGCAAGCGGAGAGGGGAGGAAUACGGCGCCCCCUCUCUCCUUCCCCUCCCCCCCUACUUUAGCCCUUCUGCGCACUUCGCCUGGGUCUCCACGCAGCCAGGAGCCGCUGCCGCCUCCGCGCCGCUGCGCGCUGCCCCCGAGUCAAGCAAGCACAGCGAGUGCCGCCGCCCAGGCCCCCCGCCCCUCGCGGGGCCGGGGUCGGGGGCCAGCAUGGAGCACCUGGGUCCGCACCAUCUCCACCCGGGCCACGCGGAGCCCAUCAGCUUUGGCAUCGACCAGAUCCUCAACAGCCCGGACCAGGGCGGCUGCAUGGGGCCCGCUUCGCGCCUCCAGGACGGAGAAUACGGCCUUGGCUGUUUGGUUGGAGGCGCCUACCCUUACGGCGGCGGGGGCCCCGCGGCCGGGGCCGGGGCCGGGGGCGCAGGAGCCUAUGGCGCCGGAGGCCCGAGUGGACCCGGUGGCCCGGCGGGCAGCAGCGGCGGCGGCGGCGCCUGUAGCAUGGGCCCGCUGGCCGGAUCCUACAACAUGAACAUGGCCUUGGCGGGCGGUCCCGGUCCCGGCGGCGGCGGCGGCAGCGGGAGUGGCGGCGGCGGGGCACUGAGCGCUUCGGGUGUGAUCCGGGUGCCCGCGCACAGGCCGCUAGCUGGAGCAGUGGCCCACCCCCAACCUCUGGCUACCGGCUUGCCCACCGUGCCCUCUGUGCCUGCUGUACCGGGGGUCAACAACCUCACUGGCCUCACCUUCCCCUGGAUGGAGAGUAACCGCAGAUACACAAAGGACAGGUUCACAGGUCACCCCUAUCAGAAUCGGACGCCCCCCAAGAAGAAGAAACCGCGCACGUCCUUCACGCGCCUGCAGAUAUGCGAGCUGGAGAAGCGCUUCCACCGCCAGAAGUACCUGGCCUCGGCCGAGCGCGCCGCCCUGGCCAAGGCGCUCAAAAUGACCGACGCGCAGGUCAAAACCUGGUUCCAGAAUCGGCGGACUAAGUGGAGGCGGCAGACUGCAGAGGAGCGUGAAGCCGAGAGGCAGCAGGCGAACCGCAUCCUCCUGCAGCUGCAGCAAGAAGCCUUCCAGAAGAGCCUGGCGCAGCCGCUGCCUGCCGACCCGCUUUGCGUGCACAACUCAUCGCUCUUCGCCCUGCAGAACCUGCAGCCCUGGUCUGACGACUCGACCAAGAUCACCAGCGUCACGUCCGUGGCGUCGGCCUGUGAGUGACCCGGGCCCAUCCAAGGGGUCGCCGAGGCGAGCUGAGAGCCUGGACUCUCGCCCACUCUCCCGCCGCAGACUGCACACAGCAGGGGAACGCCCGCUCCUCCAAACCUGGCGGUAGCGCUCAGGCUGGCGGCCAGCCGUUCUCUUUUCCACAGAAAAGAAGAGCGCCCAGGAAAAGGAUGCACGGCCGCCUCCCAGAUGCCUAUGCGGAACUGUUCAGAGUCUUCUGUUUGCGUCUAUUUUAUUUUAUUCUGAUUUUCAACGUGGGGCUGAGAAGCAGGAGAGGUGGUGGAAGAAGAGCCUCUGGGGUCCCUAGAUGACAGGAUGGGCUGUCAUUUAAACUUGCCCUGGGGAUAACCCCCCUCUCUGUUUCCCACUCCCUGUCACACACAGAUACCCAUAGGCCUGCACAGAGGUGAUUUUACUGUCCCCCCAGUGUCACUCCACAGCCACACACAGGGAACCUAUGGCAGGGUGGCACGCGCACACAGGGCCAUAGCCUUCACUCCCUUCACCCUUACUAUCAGGCAUAGUCCAGGGGUGACCCAGAUUCAUUCUGAACAGCAUGGCACUUCUCACAAACACACUGUGACACACCAUCGCACACACAAGAGCCACAACAGCGUCACUUGGCCUGCCAGGCCCCCAUCACACACUCUAGCCAAACCCAGGUACGCACAGGCAGGUUUCCACACAAACUCAGCCUAUUUCUCUAGAUCCUGUUUGGGGGGGGGGUUAAGUUAUGCACUUAUAAGGUGUUUUCUGUGUAACCAUUUUAUAAAGUGCUCGUGUAAUUUAUGUGGAAAAAAAAAUAAAACCCUCCAGAUCCGGAGUCAAGGCUGCCUGCUCCUUGCUGAGCCCAGCACCUUGCAGCUCCUUGGGCUUGACGUGGGCUAGUGCACAUAGGUCAGCCACUGGUGUCUAAGUUUGAGGGACAUCUUGAGCCCAGGUCAUAUAGACUCUGGAGAGAGGAAAAAAAGAGGGGGGAGAAAUGGCAGUACUGAGGAAAGUUGGGAGAACCAGGCUUUUCUGGGACAGCCAGUGCUUGAGAGGAUUUGUCUUUGGGAGUGAGAGUUCGGUGUGUGGAUUGUGUGUUUGUGAUGGUGUGGGCAAUCAGCAUGUAACUGAUAAUGAAUGUUUGUAAGCGUUCAGUUUGCAGUUGUGCGUGCUUGCUCUGCUUCAUUUGCAAAUCGAAACUACCAUUGUACAUAUGAAUUUGUAGUUAUGUGUAUGUGUGACCAUGUGUGAAUGUGGCUGUCUUUUUGGGUAGUUGUGUAAUCACCUACUAGUGUUUGUGAUUGUGAAUGAAAUAUACGGUAAUGUUUGUGAGAGUACAUAUUACUUUCUGUUAUGAA